UGAGGACAUUCAUUAAAACUUAGGAGCCUAAGUUGCUGCGCUACAUUGACAGACAAAUGCACAACGGGAUUGUGACUUUGUGAACUCUAUCGAGAGUCAGAAUUGCCAACACGGAUCGGUGCCACCUAAAGGGCGCACGUCAUGGGCUUGACCAAGCAGUACCUGCGCUACGUUGCCGGCGCCGUGUUUGGCGUGAUUGGCAGCCAGAAAGCUAACAUCUGCUACGUCAUGCUACGCGGCAGCGAGCGCGGGCGCUAUGUGGCCGUGGCGGCGUGCGAGCACGUCUUCAUCUGGGACACUCGCAAAGCGGAGAAGGUGUUGAUCCUCGCUGGCCAGAAACAUGAGGUGACCUUCCUGCGUCCGUCGCCAGAUGGCGUCCACCUGGCCGUGGGCUACGAGGACGGCGCCGUGCGGCUCUUCAGUCUGCUCAACGGAGAGAGCGACGUCUGCUUCAACGGACACAAGUCGGCCGUCACUGCCAUGUGCUAUGACGCGCUGGGCGCCAGACUCGUCACCGGAUCCAAGGACACGGACGUGAUCGUGUGGGACGUCAUCAACGAGUGCGGCCUAUACCGACUGCGGGGACACAAAGACGAGGUCACGCAAGCGCUCUUCCUCAAAGACAAAAACCUUCUGGUGACCAGCUCCAAGGACAGUUUUGUCAAGUGGUGGGACUUGGACACGCAGCAUUGCUUCAAGACCUUGGUGGGCCACCGCAGCGAGGUGUGGGCCAUGACCUUUCUUAACGAGGAGCGGCGGCUGCUGACGGGCUCGGCCGACAGCGAGCUUCGGGCUUGGGACGUCAGCUACCCGCGGGAGGAGCCGGCUGAGGGACAGCCCCGAGUCAAGAAGGCCAAGAGUCCGCCGGAGGACGGCGACGGGGAUGACCAGGAUGCCGAUGAGAAUCCAGAAGACCGUAUCUUGACUUGCGAGAAAGCAGGCUCCAUCCUCCGCGAGGCCAGAGACAGAGUUGUGUCUCUGACCGCUGACAGUAAGGCCAGAGUCUUCGCCUGUCACGGAAACGACGCCAUCCUGGAGGUGUUUGUCGUGCAGUCGGAGGAGGAAGUGCGCAAGAAGAUGGCCAAGAAGCUCAAGAAAGCCAAGAAGAAGGCCGCCAGCGCGGACGGCGCAGGCGAGGAGCCGCCACCGGAGAGGACGCUGCGGGACGAGAUCGUCCGCCUGAGCAACAUCAAGGCCUCCUCCAAGAUCAGGUGGGCCGACUGCCUGUCGUGUGCCGGCGGUGAGCUGAAGGUGGCGCUGCUGCUGCAGAACAACACGGUGGAGACGUACAGCCUGAAGCUGCGGGACAAGGCGGCGGCGGCGAGCAAGACGGCGCGCCUGACGCUGGGCGGCCAUCGCAGCGACGUGCGCACGCUGGCCUUCAGCUCCGACAACCUGGCCGUGCUGUCGGCGUCCGGGGACACCGUCAAAGUCUGGAACAGGUCGACGCUGCAGGUGGUGCGCACCAUGGCGUGCGAGUACGCCCUCUGCUCCCUCUUUGUGCCCGGCGACAGGCAGAUCAUCCUGGGGAGCAAGAAUGGCAAGCUGCAGAUCUUCGAGUUGGCGUCGGGAAGCCUCCUGGAGACGCUGGACGCCCACCACGGGGCCCUCUGGUCCCUCUGCCUGGCGCCCGACCAGCGGGGCAUUGUGAGCGGAGGCGCGGACAAGACGGUGAAGCUGUGGGACUUUGAGUUGGUGAAGGAUGAGGCCAGUGGACACAAGAGGCUGACGUUGAAGCACAGGCGCACGUUACAGCUGGACGACGACGUCCUGUGCGUGAAGUUCUCCCCCGAUCACCGCCUGCUGGCCGUCUCCCUGCUGGACUGCACCGUCAAAGUCUUCUACGCGGACACGCUCAAGUUCUUCUUGUCGCUGUACGGGCACAAGCUGCCCGUCCUUUGUCUGGACAUCACACACGACAGCAAGCUGAUCGCCACGGGCUCGGCGGAUCGCAACGUGAAGAUCUGGGGCCUGGACUUCGGCGACUGUCACCGCUCCAUGUUUGCGCACGACGACAGCGUCAUGUUCCUGCAGUUCGUCCCCAAGACGCAUUUGUUCUUCACGGCGGGAAAGGACAAGAAGAUCAAGCAGUGGGACGCCGACAAGUUUGAACACAUCCAGACCUUGGAGGGCCACCAUCGCGAGGUGUGGUGUCUGAGCAUCAGCCCGAACGGCGACCAUCUGGUGUCGGCAUCGCACGACAAGUCUCUGCGCCUGUGGGAGAGGACCAGGGAGCCCAUCAUCCUGGAGGAGGAACGCGAGAUGGAGCGAGAGGCGGAGUUUGAGGAGAGCUUGGCCAAAGGUGACGCUCCGGUGGUGCCCGGAGAGACCCCGGGCGAAGCGGCGCCGGCCGGCAAGAAGACGGUGGAGACGGUCAAAGCUGCCGAACGCAUCAUGGAGGCUCUGGAGCUCCUCCGCGGCGAGAACAGGAAGAUGGAAGAACAUAAAUAUGCCUGCGAGCGAGCCGGAAAGGAGCUGGCGCUCCCCGAACCAAAUCCCAUCCUUGUGGCCUUUGGAAACAUCGCUCCGUCCCGCUACGUUCUUGAUGUCAUCAAGAAAGUCCGAUCCAGCGAGCUGGAGGUGUCUCUGCUGGUGUUACCCUUCCCGUACGUUCCGGAGCUGUUGGAGCUCUUCAACGACUUCAUCCGGCAGGGCCUGGAGGUGGAGCUGGUUUGCCGCUGCCUCUUCUUCUUGCUCAAAAUUCAUUUCGGUCGGAUCUCCGGCAGCAUGAAGCUUCUCCCUGUCGUGGACGACCUGCGCACCAACACGCUCUCCAAAGUGCAGGACAUGCGCGACCUGAUGGGCUUCAACAGCGCCGCCUUGCAGUUCCUCCAGCGCCAGUUGGAGAGCAAGGAGGAAGUGAUGUUCUUCGCCGACGCCACGGGACGCCUGGCUGACAAGAAAAAGCGGCGGCGGAAGCGCGAGAGGGUCAUCCUCACUGUCGCCUGACGCAAAUCGCAAAGUGGACGCUUGCCUAUUGGUUUUUUUUAUUCUACCCUGAAAACAAUAAAAUAUAUCCCGCUA